AUGGCGCGGGUCGAAAAUUUACUCGAAGACCUUCUCAAGAGAGACUCCAUGGGAGGAAGUACCGUCGGCCAUGCGGAGCAAAUUCAGAAAGCAGUCACUCAUGGCGUGAACUCUGGCCCUGUACAAGAUGCGGCCCCAUCCAAGUCCCUCAAAACGCCUUACUUUGAAGCAACGGAACCCCUGAAGAAACCAGAAACAGCAGGUUUCGAUAUUCUAGAUUGUGGCAUUGACGCCCCAAGCUCAGAAUCACUUCAACAAUUUUCUGGUAAACAUGGCAAGCACGACAAACUAUCUCAAACACUGUACGCAUCCUUGCCAUCGGCAGAUGAUAUGAGAAUAAUAGUUGAAGCAUGUGGCAACACCUCUUCUUUGUUCUAUCAGAUGCAAAUCGUACCUUAUAGCGAGCUGGACAGGACAACUUCUCUCGAGAGCAUGUUUGCGAGGCCAAGUCCCGGUGCGCAUCCUGUUCUAAUAGCAAGAAAUAUGCUUCAUGUCGCGACAGCUUUGCAACAUCUUCAUCCCGAUUUCAAUAAAAAUGUGCGACAGUUAUCGGAGCCCCCUAGGGAGAUGAUGAGGAGGCUAUCAGCGAUUGCUACCAAUAUCGUUACAACAAACGAUGACCUUAUGUACUGCAUUGAAGGGGUUGACAGCCUGUUAGUAGAAAGUUGGUUUCAUACCAAUGGCGGAAACCUGCGAAAAGGGUUGGUCACUACUCGGAGAGCUUUGACUAUUGCGCAAUUGAUGGGCUUCCAUCGACCCGGAAAGGCAAAAUGCAAAAUGGUUGAUACCAAAACGAAGGCUUAUCCAGAGUUCAUCUGGCACAGAAUUACUGCUCUUGAGCGGUAUCUCUGUCUAACGCUGGGGCUUCCUGAAUCAACAAACGAUAACAGUAUGGUCUCCGAAGAAAUACUUCUGAAUGAUACGCCAAUGGGACGGCUUGACCGUAUACAUUCCGUGGUGACAUCACGAAUACUACUGCUUAAUCAAUCGAAAUUAAGUCCCAGUGAUCUCUCCUCAGUACAGGAGCUUGACGAAGAGUUGCAAAAGGCUUCAAAAAACUUCCCAGAUAAGUGGUGGCUCAUCCCAAACCUAGCCACUGUUGCAGCUCAACCAGAGGCGCUGUUCUGGGAUAUGCGCCGACUUUUCCACCAUUUGUAUCAUUAUAACCUCCUCAUCCAACUUCAUUUGCCAUAUAUGCUCAGCUCUGCAGCUGCUGAAAAGCGAUACGGGCCUUCACAGAUUAUCUGCGUCAAUUCUGCACGCGAAAUCCUCUCACGUUUCACCAUGUUCCAUAGCUUCAACCGCAUUGCCUUCAGCUGUCGCACUAUCGACUUUUUUGGCUUAAUGGCAGCUAUUACCUUACUCAUUGUACACAUCGAUGGACACCAACAUGAGUCAGCUUCUAUUAACCCUGUGCACUGGCAACAGAGCCUUGCAAUGCCAACAAAUAACCUAUUUGCGCAUCAAAGAUCGAGCGACCGCGCGUUGAUAGAAAACAUUCUAGAUAUUAUGGACGAAGUCAGCCGAGUGGAGAAAGAGACCAUGACUCUUCAGAUAUCCAGCAUUUUGCGGCGUUUGAUGACUAUCGAGGCUAAAGCCGCGGAAGGACCCAUUCAGCCUACUGCCCAGCUUCCAGCAACAGGAGAGAUCCCAUGUACUCGAAAUAGUAAUGAGACUGUCAGGGUGUCAAUUCCCCAUUUCGGGGUCAUCGAAAUCACCCAGCACGGCAUUCUUUUCAAAGACUCCCCUCACAUGCAGCAAAGUAUGGCAGACGCUUCACAGCCAAGACUUCAAGGCCCCGUUGGAACCAGUAUACAGAAUACUUACGUGCGAACUGGCGAUAAUAUGUCUUGCUCUGAGUUACUCCCAGCGGAGAAAAAUUUCCAGCAGCACGAACCACUCUUCCUCUUUGAAAGCCGGGUCUCUAGUGCUGCCCCCUUUUCCCCAACAGGGCAGACUAGAAGUUCCCUUCCUGAUGCCGUUGACCAACGGACCAAUGCAUUUCCAACAACUGCUGGGGAUGACCACAGCGCCGGGCAGAACACCGAUCUCGCAUUCUUUGACUCCCUCAUUAGAGAAAUCGGGAUAGAUGAGGAGAAUAGCAUUGAUUGGCUGGCUUGGCUAAAUGUGCCUUGA